AUAAAGUAGAAAAUAAGAAAAGCAAUUUAUUGUGUUCCUGGUUCCAGGGAGAAGUUUUCCUGAGGGAAAGCAAAAGAGAAAAAAAGGAUAUAGACUUUUCUCCACACAAGAAAAAGAACUGAACAACAAUGUUGAGGUUUGCUGUCACCCUCUUUGCUGUCAUAAUGUCAUCUGCCUGCCAAAAAUAUGGAUGUCUGGAGGGGGACACCCACAAACCAAAGCCAAGUCCUGAGCCAAAUCUGCAUGAAUGCACUCUGUACUCUGAAUCUUCCUGUUGCUAUGCAAACUUCACAGAGCAAUUGGCUCAUUCCCCAGUAAUUAAAGUAAACAACAGCUACUGGAACAGAUGUGGGCAGCUCAGUAAAUCCUGUGAAGAUUUCACAAAGAAAAUUGAGUGCUUUUACCGGUGUUCCCCACAAGCCUCUCGCUGGAUCAAUCCGAACGAUGCUGCCGCUAUUCAGUCUGUUCCCUUGUGCCAAAGCUUUUGUGAUGACUGGUAUGAAGCCUGCAAAGAUGAUUCCAUAUGUGUUCAUAACUGGCUGACAGACUGGGAAUGGGAUGAAAGUGGAGAAAACCACUGUAAGAAUAAAUGUACUCCAUACAGUGAGAUGUAUGCAAACGGGACUGACCUGUGCCAGAGUAUGUGGGGUGAGUCAUUUAAGAUGAGUGAAUCCUCCUGCCUCUGCUUGCAAAUGAACGAGAAGGACACGAUUGCAAUGAAGUAUCUGCUCUCGGAGAGUUCAGAGGAAAGCUCCAGCAUCAGCAGCAGUGAGGAACGUGCCUGCCAAAGGAAACUCCGGAAGUUUGAGAAACUAAAGGGAGAGGAAGGGGAACAGACAAGAUAAAAGCCAGCGAAUGUAUAUCAGGACAAGAGAAAUGGUGGUGGAGGCUGGACUGAGGGAAUCAAGCCAGCCUGCCUUCCUUUCUAGAACACAAUAAAUCAAUGGCUGGUUAUAUUAA